AUUGCGCCCCUCUUCUUCGCGUUUCUCCCCCCAGUCUCUUUUACUCUCCCCUUCUCCUUCCCCAAGCCAAGCAGAAGCAGCAGAGGCCAAGAAAUGGGCGACCGGGCGUACGGGCCGUCCUCCAAGCCGGUCCCUGUGGCGGCGCCGCGGUCCGCCAACGGCACGGCGAACGGCGGCGGCGUAGGGACACCUCGGCCUCCGUCCAUGGUGCCCGGUCGCGUCCCGCCCCCGCCGAUGUACCGACCGAAGCCGAUGCAACCGCCACCUGGCCGUCGGCGGAGCGGGCGCGGGUGGUGCUGCGCGUGUUGCCUGUGGCUGACGCUGGUGUUGGUGGGGCUGGUGUUCCUUGGAGCAAUAGCGUUGGGGGUGUUCUACGUGAUUUACCACCCGGAGCUUCCGACCUUCGCCGUGACGUCGCUCCGUCUGGCGGCGCUGAACGUCUCCGACUCCGACUCCGUCACCUCCCGCAUCGAGUUCACGGUGACCGCGCGCAACCCCAACGAGAAGAUCGCGUUCGUGUACGGCGACAUCGGGGCUGCCUUCGCGGCCGACGGCACGGACAUCGGGGACGGCACCGUGUCGGGCUUCCUCCACCCCAGCCGCAACACGACGGUCAUCAAGGGGUCGGCUUCGGCGGCGGCCGCGACGGUGGACCCCGUGCAGGCGGCCAGUCUCAGAUCCAAGAAGUCCCAUGCGAUGUCAGUGGAGAUGGACUCCAAGGUGGGUUUCCAGAUCGGGCAGUUCAAGUCGAAGCGCAUCAGCGUCCGUGUGCUGUGCGGUGGCUUCAGCGCGGGGCUGGCCAAGCCGGCGCCCUCCCCGGCGCCGAUCAUCGUGGCCGCGGCGCCUGCGCCGACCCGGUCAAAAAUCAGGCUGUCGUCGUCUUCCACCGGAGGCGGCGGGUCGGCGACGACGGACGCAAAGUGUAAGCUCCGCGUCAAGAUCUGGAUUUGGACGUUUUGAUGCAUCUGCGGAAACAAGCCGAGUACGCUGCAUAGAUCUAGGAGUAUGCUACAGUCGGAGUCGGGCAUAAUUCUGCAAGAAGGGUAUACUACUAGUUAGCCACACCACAGUGAAACCUGCAGCCGAGAAGAAAUGGAGGUGAACUGGGUACGCGAGCAAGCGAGCGAUUCGGCGCACGCGCGUCGGUGGCGUCAACAGAAGCGGGCGAUCUCCAGCUCGAUUUCCUUUUUGGUUUCUCUCCCUUCCGUUUCCUCAAUCUCUCUUCUCCUCUCGUUUCCUCUCAUCCGGGGCACAGCUGUACCUUGGCUGGCAGCCGACGCCGACGCCGACGUGCGGGCCCAUCGGUUUCCGGGACAGCAUGUAGUGAACUGUGGAUAGGCGGCUGGGCCUGGAAAGAAGAAAAAAAAUGCCGUUGGUUUUGUGC